CUAUUUUAAUGGACUUUAUUUUUAUAUUUUUCUCAUAUGUUUGAAUUAUAAUUUUUGUGUUUUUAUGAAUAAGUUCAACGAAGAAAAUUAAUAUACCUUUCGAAAUUAUCUGAAGAAAAAUCUAGAAGGCGAGAGGAUUUGUAAGACCGAAAGCUAUGUAAGACAAAAAGAGAAAAAAAUAAUAAAAUAAAAUAAAUUAUAUCAAUAUUUAAAGAUUAUAAAUACCACAUUACCAUGGACAAGAAAGUGAUUAAUACAACGCAAGAAUCGACGAACGAAUUAAUCAAAAUCAAUAACAGUUGGUUCUACAAAUGCGAGCAAUGUGACCACAUGGCUGUUACGAAAUCCCUACUGAAGAUCCAUGCGAUGUUAACGCAUUGCGAUGACGACACACCUUUUCUAUGCUCUAGUUGCAGUUACAGAGCAACUACCCGGGCCAAUCUUAGGCGGCAUGAGGCGGUUGCUCACUCGGAAGGCAACCGGAGCAGGCUGAGGAGCUGUCCACUGUGCGAAUACUCUUCCCUUCGAGUUACUGCUCUUCGGACGCACAUUAAAGAGGUACAUCUUAAAGAAAAGCCGCACCAAUGCGGUGAGUGUCCCUUCAGAUGCAGUAGAACCACCGACCUUAAGCGGCACUUAGUCGCGUGUCACGAGAAAAAAGGAGCUUACCAAUGCACAAAGUGCAAUUAUUCUACCUCUACUGGCAGCAGUUUCAGCAAGCAUUGUAGGAACUAUCACUAGAAAGAGUAAAACAUGUAACUUUCAGUAUCUCCAAUUAGUCCCAAUUCGAUUAAUCCACACCUUUCGAACAAAAAACAGUAAUUAACGUAAUGCUGUAGUGAAGUUAGGUCUUUUUAAACGAGAGUAAUCCAAGAUUGCCAAUUAUCAAUAAUCGAGCUCUGAUGAAGAUAGGAAAACCAAUAAAAUUGACAUUGGUUAAUUAGUGCAAUUAUUUUAGUAAUAAAGUUUUAUUAAAAUAUAA